AGCACCAGUUGCGCAAGAGAAGGUCUCUGUACAACAAUGAUCGGAAGACUGGCUGCUUUGAUACUUCUAAGCACAGUGUCCCUGAUUCAAACUGAAGAGGUCCCUCAACAGAUCUCUUUGACUGUGCUUGAACUUGGUGAUAAUUUUACUCUGACGUGUACAUUCGUGCAAAAUGAAGCCGGGUUGUUUUACUGGUAUAAGCUGAAGCCUGGAUAUAUGGUUCAAACAGUUGCAGCAGGAACUUUUAACACAGUAACACUUACAGGACAAUUCAUCAACUCAAGAUUCACAAUCACAAACGUGAACUCUGAGUAUAUUCUUAACAUCAGAAAUGUCAGCAAAGACGAUGAAGCAACAUACUUCUGUCAAGCAGGAUCAGCAUACAAGAUGGGAUUUGUUAAUGGCACACUUUUGGCUGUAAAUGAUCAUAAAAAUCUGCAGAAAUCUUUCUACGUGAAACAAAUUCCAGACACUGAGUCGGUCCAGCCGGGCGACUCAGUGACUCUCCAGUGUUCACUUAUCUCCAAAAACAAAGAAAACACAGAUCAGUGUCCAGGUAAACAGAAUGUGUACUGGUUCAGAUCUGGAUCUGGAGAAUCUCAUCCCGGCAUCAUUUACGCUCACAGUGAUGAAGAAGAGGAAAGAAGUUGUGACUACAGUCUGUCCAAAACUAUACAGAGCUCCUCUGAUACUGGGACUUACUACUGCGCUGUGAUCACAUGUGGAGAGAUCCUGUUUGGUGAAGGAACUAAAGUGGAAACAAGACAAGAAGUGUGCACAUCCCUCAUUGUGCUUGGGACGCUGCUGGCCUGCUGUGUGAUCGUGAUUGGUUCUCUAAUUAUCUUCAGAAAUCGAAAGCCAGUUUGUGAACAUUGCAAAGAAGAAGCUUCCAAUAAUGCUCAACAUGACAGAUCAGCCGAGGAUCAACUAAGUAUUUUGGAUGGUGAAGCGGCGGCAUCGAACUAUGUAGCGCUGGAUUUCCCCUCAAGACAAACUAAAAGAUGGAGGACUAACAGGGAGUUACCAGCAGACUGUCUGUACUCUGGCAUCAGUGAAGGGAUGUGACCAUGAAGAAUGAACAUCUCAUAUGUUCAUUGUCACAGAAAAUAAUUUCCACGCAGCUGUGAUUCCUGUUUAGGUGAAUUAAAUGAGAGAUUGUGAACUUAUAUUAAAUCAAACAGAUAAUGUUAUUGUUAAAAGCAAAAUCAGAAAUAUUUGUUUAGGAUAGAGAAAGCAUUUAUGUUUUGUGAUGUUGCCUGGUCAAAACAAAGUAUAGAUAUUUAUUAUUGUUUUAUUAUUAUUAUUGCUUGAAUAAUUACUCAAAAUCUGAAUGAAAUCUUAAAUGAAUGUAAGAAAAAUGUUUCCAUUAAAGAGAAAAUCCAUCUAUGUUCUUUAUAUAUGAUGUUAUAUUGUAUCAUUAGACACUUUUUUGAAUAAUUACUCAUCAUUUAUUUUGUUUGAUAAAGACACCUGCUGUACAGUUCAUUUGAAUUAACUGUACAGCAGGUCCCUAACUUUUCCCAAAGAAAACCCUUGUUUCGUUCGUAGCAUUCCGACAGUUUGAAUGUAGGUUAGAUCGAGUCAUUCGCCUGUCAGUCUUUGCUGAUCUCCCUCUCGUUGUUUACCUCAUGUGUAUAAGCAUAAAUAGCAACUCAUGCAGUGGGCUCUGAGUGUACGACUGUCAUCUAGAAAUUCAUCAAAAUAAAAGUUCAGAAAACA